CCCGGUGCGUUGCCUCGCGAACCGCCAAGCCGUUCAUUCCAGUCUCUCACACACACACACCCUUCUUCACUCCAAAAUGAGGGAAUGUAUCUCCGUCCACAUCGGCCAGGCCGGCGUGCAGAUCGGCAACGCCUGCUGGGAGUUGUACUGCCUGGAGCAUGGCAUCCAGCCUGAUGGCCAGAUGCCUUCGGACAAGACCCUGGGCGGCGGCGACGACUCCUUCAACACGUUCUUCUCGGAAACGGGCGCGGGCAAGCAUGUGCCUAGAGCGGUCUUCGUGGACUUGGAACCAACUGUCGUCGACGAAGUGCGCACGGGCACGUACCGCCAGCUGUUCCAUCCUGAGCAGCUGAUUACCGGUAAGGAGGACGCGGCGAACAACUAUGCGCGAGGACACUAUACCAUCGGCAAGGAGAUCGUCGACGUGGUGCUGGAUCGCAUCAGGAAGCUGGCUGAUCAGUGCACGGGCUUGCAGGGUUUCCUGGUGUUCCACUCGUUCGGUGGCGGAACCGGGUCCGGCUUCACAUCGCUGCUGAUGGAGCGCUUGUCCGUCGACUACGGCAAAAAAUCCAAGCUGGAGUUUUCCAUUUACCCAGCACCACAGGUGUCGACAGCGGUGGUGGAGCCCUACAAUUCGAUCCUGACCACGCACACCACCCUGGAGCACUCGGACUGCGCCUUCAUGGUGGACAAUGAGGCCAUUUACGACAUCUGUCGCAGGAACCUCGACAUCGAGCGCCCCACAUACACCAACCUCAACAGGCUCAUCGGCCAGAUCGUGUCAUCCAUCACGGCGUCGCUGCGGUUCGACGGCGCGCUCAAUGUGGACUUGACGGAGUUUCAGACCAACCUGGUGCCAUACCCUCGCAUCCACUUCCCGCUGGCCACGUACGCGCCCGUCAUCUCCGCGGAGAAGGCCUACCACGAGCAGCUCACUGUCGCCGAGAUCACCAACGCGUGCUUCGAGCCCGCCAACCAGAUGGUGAAAUGCGACCCCCGCCACGGUAAAUACAUGGCAUGCUGCAUGUUAUACAGAGGCGACGUGGUACCAAAAGACGUGAAUGCCGCUAUUGCCACUAUCAAGACCAAGAGAACUAUACAAUUCGUCGACUGGUGUCCCACCGGUUUCAAGGUGGGAAUCAACUACCAACCUCCCACGGUGGUGCCGGGCGGAGACCUCGCCAAGGUGCAGCGCGCCGUCUGCAUGCUGUCCAACACCACAGCCAUCGCCGAGGCCUGGGCCAGGUUGGACCACAAAUUCGACCUGAUGUACGCGAAGCGCGCGUUUGUCCACUGGUACGUCGGCGAGGGUAUGGAAGAGGGGGAGUUUUCGGAGGCGCGCGAAGAUCUGGCGGCCCUCGAGAAAGACUACGAGGAAGUCGGCGUCGACUCCACUGAAGGCGAGCUGGAUGAAGAAAACGAGUACUAGAAGCACUACUGGAGGCGGUGUGGUACUGAGAACUGACGUCAUACAGUACAGAGAAGUUGAGAACUAGUACCGAUUCAGAGCAGCGCCACAUUGAGC